AUUAAUUUGAAGUAGUUUCAUUACUAUCACAAACUUAGAAACUACACUUCUACACACUUUUCAUCAAAAAAGUUGUGUUCUUUGCUAGCUUAGCAGUGGUCUAACACCGUAAAUUAGAGAGAAAAAACAAUGGCAACCAUUACUGCUAGUUCUUCAGCUUCUUUGGUAGCCCGUGCUAGUCUUGUGCAGAGCAGAAGGGUUGGUGUUUCAUCUUCUCCCGUUCUCGGAUUGCCAGCAAUCACAAAGAAGGGUGGCAAGGUAACAUGUUCAAUGGAAAACAACAAGGCAUCAACCCAAGAAAGCACCACAAACAAGGGGAUGAUGGGUGCCUCAAUGCUAGCCGCGGCUGCUGCCACCGCCAUGUCGAGCCCAGCAAUGGCUCUUGUUGAUGAGAGAAUGAGCACAGAAGGAACAGGACUUCCCUUUGGGUUGAGCAACAACCUUCUUGGGUGGAUCCUAUUGGGUGUGUUUGGUCUCAUUUGGGCUCUUUACUUUGUCUAUGUUUCAGGUCUUGAGGAGGAUGAGGAGUCUGGAUUGUCCCUCUAAAUUAAAUGACCAUAUUCUACUCAACCAAAUGUAUUUUGAUGUGAAUUUCAUCUGAUCGAAUUUGGUAAACUUUUUUAUAUUUUGAAUGUAGAAAUGACAAGAUAUUAUGGUUUAUCAAGUUUGUUGUAAGAUUUUACUACCUUCUAGCUUGUUGAUAUAAUAUUGUACUA